AUGGCGGGGCGAAAGCGAAAUUCGGGGGCGACCAAAAUGGUGCUCGUCAUGCAACUCUGCGACAGCUUUCCCUCCCUGCUUCUCCUUUUUUCCCUGUCUGCUUCCCCUCAUUUCCCUCCCUGCUUCACAUCUUUUCCCUCCCUGCUUUCCCUGUUUGUACCUGCUUCCCCUCAUUUCCCCCCUGCUUCCCCUCAUUUCCCCCCUGCUUCCCCUCAUUUCCCCCCUGCUUCCCCUCAUUUCCCCCCUGCUUCCCCUCAUUUCCCCCCUGCUUCCCCCCAUCCCCUUCCCUGCUUCCCCCCAUCCCCUUCCCUGCUUCCCCCCAUCCCCUUCCCUGCUUCCCCCCAUCCCCUUCCCUGCUUCCCCCCAUCCCCGUCCCUUCUUCCCCCCAUCCCCUUCUCUGCUUCCCCCCAUCCCCUGCCCUGCUUCCCCCCAUCCCCUGCCCUGCUUCCCCCCAUCCACUUCCCUGCUUCCCCCCAUCCCCGUCCUUCUUCCCCCCAUCCCCUUCCCUGCUUCCCCCCAUCCCCUUCCCUGCUUCCCCCCAUCCCCUUCCCUGCUUCCCCCCAUCCCCUUCCCUGCUUCCCCCCAUCCCCUUCCCUGCUUCCCCCCAUCCCCUUCCCUGCUUCCCCCCAUCCCCUUCCCUGCUUCCCCCCAUCCCCUUCCCUGCUUCCCCCCAUCCCCUUCCCUGCUUCCCCCCAUCCCCUUCCCUGCUUCCCCCCAUCCCCUUCCCUGCUUCCCCAUGUCCCCUUCCCUGCUUCCCCCCAUCCCCUUCCCUGCUUCCCCCCAUCCCCUUCCCUGCUUCCCCCCAUCCCCUUCCCUGCUUCCCCUGUCCCCCUUAUCCCUGUCUCCCUUAUCCCUGUCCCCCUUAUCCCUGUCUCCCUUAUCCCUGUCCCCCUUAUCCCUGUCUCCCUUAUCCCUGUCCCCCUUAUCCCUGUCUCCCUUAUCCCUGUCCCCCUUAUCCCUGUCCCCCUUAUCCCUGUCUCCCUUAUCCCUGUCCCCCUUAUCCCUGUCUCCCUUAUCCCUGUCUCCCUUAUCCCUGUCCCCCUUAUCCCUGUCCCCCUUAUCCCUGUCCCCCUUAUCCCUGUCUCCCUUAUCCCUGUCCCCCCUGUCUCCCUUAUCCCUGUCCCCCUUAUCCCUGUCUCCCUUAUCCCUGUCUCCCUUAUCCCUGUCCCCCUUAUCCCUGUCCCCCUUAUCCCUGUCCCCCUUAUCGCUGUCCCCCUUAUCCCUGUCUCCCUUAUCCCUGUCCCCCUUAUCGCUGUCCCCCUUAUCCCUGUCUCCCUUAUCGCUGUCCCCCUUAUCCCUGUCUCCCUUAUCCCUGUCCCCCUUAUCCCUGUCCCCCUUAUCCCUGUCCCUCUCUUCCCCUCUCAACUUCUGUCUUGCUUCCGUCCACCCUCGACCCUGCUUCCCCUUAUCCCCUGCCCCACAUCCCCUCAUCCACUGCCAUGCUCCCACCGACACUUGCACCCACUAUGCACCCCACCCCACAUACCACCAGCCUCCACCACUCCUUCCAUCCAUCCUGCCAUCUAG